UAAGUUUAGUAGCUUCUUCUUCUCUUUUAAAAUCUGGAUCGGAGUGUUGCAUAAAAUGCAAUAUCUCCCUCUGCAUUUUGGUCGUAUAAUUCUCGGUCCGCAAUUUGCUUGAAAACCCCACAUUCUCGUAAAGCUUCAUGGAAAUCGACCACGCACAAACGCAUGCUCAUUGCCUGACAUGGGCCCAGGAACAGGGGAUCAAGUGCGACGGCAUCGAGCCUGCAACCAUAGCCGGCCGAGGAUCAGGCAUUGUUGCAACAAGGAAGCUUUCCGCAGGAGAAGUCGUGGCAUAUUUGCCCAUAAAAGCUUUAUAUGCCACGAAAAAUGUGUCCACUGAGGUUCGAAUUCAGCUCACGGGUACUACGGUCCACGGAAUUUUGGCCGCAUCUUUGGCCCUCGAAGCUGGAUUGAAAACAGUGCCUUACGGGCCCUGGCGAGCUGUGUGGCCCUCGAAACGAGACUUUGAAGAAUCCAUGCCGAUUAUGUGGUCUUCAGAUGCUCAAAACCUUCUACCGCCGUUUGCCAAAGAAUUGCUCCAGGCCCAAAAGCAAAAACUGGAAACGGACACGGCAGAGGCACUUCACAAGUUCCCGAAGAUUACGGGGGAUGAUUACACAUUUCACUGGCUCAUUGUAAACACAAGAACGUUCUAUUAUGUACCUCCUGGGGCAAAGAAGAAGCCCCCUGCGGCCGACUGUAUGGCCCUGUGUCCAUUCACAGAUUACUUUAAUCACUCUGACAUAGGAUGUCCUGUGUCGUUUGACACCAUUGGGUACACGAUCAGGUGCGAUAGAGACUAUGCGGCUGGCGACGAGCUAUAUAUAUCAUAUGGAAAUCACAGCAAUGACUUUCUACUAGUAGAAUAUGGUUUUCUGCUGCAAACGAAUACCUGGGAUGAGUUACGGCUUGAUCACCUGCUUUUACAAGAAUUUACCGCCAAGCAAAAAGAUCAACUCAAACAAGCAGGCUUCCUAGGAAACUAUGUGCUGGACCGCGACCAAGUUUGUUAUCGCACACAAGUUGCAGUCCGACUUCUGAUCUUACCAAGGUACAAGUGGCAAAGGUUCGUGCAUGGCAAAGACGAUGGUGGCCAUGAGCAAGGAGAGGUCGACGCAUUCAUCGUGAGGUUGCUCCAGAGAUUUUUGGACGAGACGGUCGAAUCACUCUCUAAAGUUGAUGCUCUCCCGCAAUCUGGCCCAAAGACGCUAUUGCAGAAAAGAUGGUUGCAGAUCAGGGACAUAUUGACAUGUAGGAUAGAAGAAAUGGUGCGAUAAGAUCACUUCAUACUUAAUUCGAUGGAAAUGUAAAAGGUACAUCUAGGAUGCUUAAUUGCUUUCAUCCUUUAGGCCCGGGUUUCUUACACUAUCUAAGGGAACGUAUCCUACAGUCUCCCGCAUCUUUAUUUGUUGCUUCCCCUUGAUCAUCUGCUGUAGCAUAUAGUUCAUCAAGCAUCUGACCCC